AUGCAGGAGGAAACUGUUGCCCCCGAGCCCUCGUCGGAUGACGAAGCAAGCAAGUGGUUUAUCUCUAAUAUUCCGCCUGAGUUCCUGAAACGUUUGGACACGUUAGACGACGCUGCUUUUAUGAUGGAUAUUUCUUCCUACGAGGGGUUUGGCUCCUUCCACUCUGAAAAUGUCGAGGGCCUCGUCGCCAGAGAACAUGGAAAAUACCGCCCCCCACCGCUGCCGCCCUUUGCGAAAAGGGUGCUGGGGCGCAGCGAUCUUCGUCAGGUUGAGACGGCAAGGAAUGAAGAGGAAAAGAUGGAAAUAAGGAACCGGUCGGUCCAAUUGUGCGAAUUCGGUCUUCCUUUUCGUCACGAGCAUUUCACCAUCACACCCGAGUUUGUCUUCAUAAACCACGGCGCAUUUGGAGGAUCUCUGCGCGGCGCUGCGGCGAUCAAACACGGCUACGAAGAUCUUAUGGAGCAGCAGGUGGUGAAGUACAUGGAUCGAGAGCUGUUGCCGCUUAUUGUGUACAGUGUUCGGCGGCUGGCAGAAUUUAUAAAUGCUGACGCCAAGCAAAUUGUCUUAAUUCAAAAUGCAACCUUUGCGCUAAACUGUGCGAUGCAACUAAUUGAAAAGGAUGAUGUUGUUGUGUUCUUCGACACAGAGUAUCUUUCCGUGUACAAGAUGAUGUACUUCCGCUGCAAUGAUGUGGGUGCCAGCCUUCAUGAGAUUUCGCUUCUUAAUUAUUUGCAUGAUGCCUCCAUCAUGGGCAACGAUGAGGCCCUCACGGAGGAAAUAUGCCGCCAGUUACCAAGCGGAUGCACAACUGCCGUCUUUGAUUACAUUGCGUCCACUACCGCUCUUUGCAUACCGGUCUUUACACAUAUUAUUCCCGCACUGAGGCGUCAUGGUGUGAAAAAGAUUAUUGUGGAUGGGGCGCACGCACCAUUGCAGUUGGAUUUAAACUUUAAAGAGCUACCGCCAGAGUCGCAGCCAAGUAUUUUUGUUGGUAAUCUUCACAAGUGGUUUUCUAGUCCCAAGUCUGUUGGAUUUAUGUGGGUUCACAAUUCACUUUUGGACUCUUUUCACUCUGUUGUCAUUUCACAUGGCGCGGGUGAUGGUCUUCUUUCGGAAUUUAUCUGGGACGGCACUCGUGACUACGGCGCCUAUCUUUGCAUUCCGGCGGUGGUUGAUUUUUGGCGUGCGCAGGGCCUCGAUCGUGUAAGAAAUCAUUGUGCCAAUCUGCUCCAAUCCGCUGCAAACAUGCUUACACAUCACUUUGGCACGCGGCCGGUGGCUCGGCACGCUCCUUUUAUGUCUCUUGUGGAGCUUCCAGAGGCGCUGCAAGGUCCGCCUUUGACGGCAAAACAUAUUCAGGACCUUCUUCAUGAAGUGUAUAAGCUGGAAGUUCCUAUUAAGCGUGUGGAGGGACGCUUCUAUGUGCGCAUCAGCGCCUUUGUCUACAAUACCCCCAGCGAAUAUGUGUACUUGCGUGAGGCGCUUUUGGGCAUUGCCCGCAACCGACUUCUCUCUUUGUGGCGGCAACGGUCGACUGCGCUGGAGGCCGGCACCCCCGUCGUCGAUCCACCGAAGGUUCCGUUUGAGAAGCGGAACCGCGAACAGGGCGGGUGUGGCGUUUCAGGGCUUGAACCGCCGCUGAGGAAACGAAGAAGCAUCAAGUUCUGA